CGCUAAUUCUUUCAAGGAUUCACGUACUUUCUCUGCGGCCAAGGCAGCCAACCAGACUCACCCACGUCCACACAUCCAUAGAAACGCAUUCACUCACUCACACACACACACACACACGCGCACCUGUCCCCGCCUUCCUCUCUGCUGCAUCGAAUCGAGCCGCGACAGAGCCAUGCCAUCCCUAGCUAAGCAUGCCCACCCCAUACACACACAACACAACGCAGGGCAGGGCAGGGCAGGGCAGGGCACGCACAGCACAUGCCAGAGUAUAUAUACGGACGGCUAUAUAUCCACAUAACAUGCAGGCCAGCCAGCCAGCCAGCCAUGAAGGAAUGCCAUGAAUGAAUCUACUCAGUCCGCCUCCCUCCCUCGCUCCCACUCUCUCCCUAUCUACGCCACGCCUGGGUGUGUCUGCUGCAUGUGGGUGUGUGUGUCUAUCAGUCCUCCCCCUCCUCGGGCGGGGCGUUCUCGUCGAUCUCGCCACCAUCUGUGUGACACACACACACACACACACACGUGUACACAAGUGACACAGGUGAAUGGGCGGCUUCACGUGUGUGUACCUGACGGCAGUUCCUCCUCCAGUGGGUGCGGCUCUGGCUGCUCGACCAAAUCCUCGGGCUCCUCCUGAAUGUCACCUGCGCGCACACAAGCGGAGAGCAGGGGAGAGAGAGGGAGUGCGUGUCGGCUGAUGCCCUCCCUCCCUGUGUGAGGGCGUUGCGUUGCGUAGGGUACCAGGUGCGGUUGGGUAGAAGGGCGGCACGCCAGCCUUCAGGCCAUAGCCUAUGUACACAGUCACGUACUUCUUGCCCUGUAAGUGGGACGGACAGAUACAACACACACACACACACACACAGACAGACAGGAUACACACACACACAGGAGAGAGAGAAGCAGACACGCGUGCUGCGCGUGGCUGUGUGCGCUCCUUCUCCCUGUCUGCACUGGGCUGCACUGCAGUCCACUUGACUUGACUGACCUGUGCAGCAAUGACAGCCCCGGGCCAUCUGAGGCUCUUGACGACCGUGACGGCGUAGCUCGUGGCGGCGUCCUUGACCGUGUAGGGCGCCGUGUCGCCCACCUGCUUGACCGACCACGCACUCUCAGACUCGCCUACCGCUGCGGUAAUUAUCACACAACAAACACAAUACAGAUAACUAACAGGGGGCGGCACAAGUGUGUGUGGUGGUGGGGUGAGGUGACUUACGUGGGUCAGUGUCCAGCGUGCGAAGGAUGUCCUGCGGCGGGUCAGCCUCCUUCUGCGCAUUGAUCUGCACCCAGACACCCAGACACACAUGUGCCUUGCUGUUGGUGGUUCUCCGGCAAUGUUGCCUGACCUCAUUGGCCUUCUGCGGCUCGGCCUCCUCGUCUACCUCGGGAUACUGGGUCUUGCCUGCGGAUGGAUGGAUGGAUGGAUGCGUGUGUGUGUGUGUGCGUGUGUCGGUAGGUACCGUUGAUGAGUAUGUAGUCCCUGCAGUGCGUCCACUUGUCGGCCGACGCGAAGUCCUCGCCGACCGGGUACUCAAACUCCAAAUCCUCCUCAAUGCCCUCUGUUAAACAGGCACACACACGCAAACAAAUCUGGUCUAUCUGUGUUGUCUGUCGUUGGCGGCGGGUGUGUGGUGGUGUGUGUGUUGAUGUACCGCCCUCCUCUUGUGGUUUGAAGAGGCCGGCAGGGCACAGCACCGUAUCGCUACUGAUCAACGCUAUCUGGCAACUGACCCACACACCAACACAUGAAUCAUGUGUCUGUCUGUGUGGAGGGAGGGCGUCUGUGGAUGCCUUUCUCUGUCUGCCUGUGUGUUACCGGAGGAGUUGUUUCUCCGUGCCGGGGAACCAGGGGUGGGAAAUCACCAGACGAUUCAGAUCGCCUGCGUCCACCCCUCCACACACACACCAACAGGCGCAAAUGUGGCGUCUGUCCGUGGGUUUGUGUGUGUGGAGGGGUGGUGUGUCUUGCCGGUGAACAGCUUCUUGAUCUGACGGGCAGCUAGAAUCUGCACCCACACACCCAAAGUGACGUUCGAAUGCUCUUGGUGUGUGCGGUGUUGUGUGCACCGUACCUCCUUGGGCAACGCGUCAGGCAGCAGCACCCACGGCUCCAAUACUACGCACACACAUAUGACGAGCACUUGCACUCGCCACCGCUCGUGUGUGUGUGUGUGUGUGUGUGUGAUACCGUUAUUGGUGACCCAGUAGGUGUAUGUGUUGACGCCCGUGCCGCGCGCCUCUACCUCAGGGUCGGCACCUGACACACACACACACACACACACACGCAGGGAUGGAUGUGCGAGAGGUUUGGUUGUGUGGUGGCUGGCUGGUACACUUACUCUCGUCGAUGCCUUCGAUCUGCCCCUCCGCUACGUAAUAGUCGCGCUCAGUCCCUGCACCACACACAUGGCGUUCCUCUGGUCAAUGUGCGUGUAGCGUGCGACGCCCAACCAAUGCGUUCGUCACAUCUGUCCGCCCAUCCCAUCCCCUCAGCCGCCCACUCACCGAGUAUCUUGCCCCAGAAACGGAGCGACUGCAGGCCAGGAGUGUUCGCGCCCAGACGCUGGACCCACAACACAACACAACACAACACAACACAACAGAACAGAACAGAACAGAACAGAACAGAACAUACACACGACUGACAGCGCCCUCCGAUCUCCCCCCCCAACGCUCCCACGCACCCACCCUGAGUGAGCACGCGAGUCGGUACGUUUCCGUCUUGCUGAAACCGACGCCCGCCCACUCGAGGAUGGCGGCCUCCUCCAUGAAGUUGGGCAGCGACGGCACCGGCAGCGCAGACCCGUCCUCGCCCGCCGGCACCUAUUAGCACCCAUCGGCAGGACACGUCAACGCACAAACAGAGAGCUGCCGGGUGACUUACCGAGGUGAGGUUGACGGUCUCUGCCAUCCAUUUCUGCAAACGCUCCUGAGCAACACACACACACACACACACACACACACGCACCACAUCCACAGCCAGCCAUCCUUCCCGCGCGCAUUAGGCAUUCAUUCACGUCGCUCCGGUGGCUCACCCACCAGUAGUGCGGGGUCCUCGGGCAUGGGCAGCACCUGGUCGGGCGAGGACUCGCUGGGGAACGAGGUCUCCUUGAUGUAUCGCGAGAAGGCCUCGAAGGUGUCAUAGGCGUCGGCGGGUUUCUCGGUGAUGACCUUGGAGAGCACAUGGGUCAUGUGCUCGAAGAGGUUCUUGCCGCCGCCAUGGUCCUUCUUCAGGAAGGCCAACGCCGAAUCUACAGUCACCUCAGACGUCAUUUCGGGCGAGAAAGAGGAGGGUCUCGUGCGAGC